CAUUUAUUUGUUUAUGUUUAAGGUAGAUAGGUUGACGUUAUUGGUUAUGCUGUUAUUAUUUUGGCGUGAUUUCAUAUAAGCUAUUGGAUUACAAUAUAACAUUACAAAGUAAUUAUGGAUGCAGUCAAUAUAAGUAGCUUGGCUAGUGACGUUCUCCGUAUAUUUGACAGAACUCUAAAUUUCUUUCAAAAUGUGGGAAUUCUGCAAGCCUUCUCUUUCAGCCACUCUGAAGUCUUCUACAGCCCUACUGCUGAGAAAUACUUAGAGAAUUUUAUUGCCUUGUUAGGAGAAGUUAGGGAUGUUCUGGGUAAGCUGCAAGGCAUGCAGGAGUUGCAGAAGCAGCCGAAGCCGAUGGAAGUGGUUGCACCGCCCCCUGCCACUCUGGUGGGUGGCGAACUGCUCACAGCCUCACAGCUGAUGUCCAGUGCGGCAGCCAUGUUUGUCACUGAUCAGCUGAUAACUCCUCAUGAUUUCAUCACUCCUAUAACGAUAUUGGGUGGCGACUAUGAACCCGAGAUCGUCCCAGAGCCGCCAACCCAUUCGUCAUGGACAGCACCAGAAGAUAAGGAUGAGCCUGAUCAGGACCAGGAGAAGGAUCAGGAUGACAGUCCAGAGAAGCCUCCUGUGACCAAGGAACGCUAUCCUUGUCCUGUAUGUGAGAAAGUCCUCGGGUCCAAGACCAGUCUCAAGUUUCACCAGGCAACUCACACAGGGCAAAAGUUAUUCUGUUGUGAGCACUGCGGGAAACUGUUUACAACCAACCUGAACUUGGCGGCUCACCUGACGAGGCAACAUAACCUCAAUACCGAGUCAGCCAAUUCUUGCAAGGAGUGCGGGAAGCUGUUUGUCCGCAAGUCAGCAUUGGAGACACACAUGAAGUGCCACCUGGGAGUGAAGCCAUGGGCUUGCGGAGUUUGUAGCAAAACGUUCACGCAGAAGGUAACGCGGGACACCCACCAGCUGACUCACACUAGAGACUACAGGUUCAUAUGUGACGAGUGUGAGAAACCUUUUCCGACCCAGGCGAAGCUCAACUACCACAGCAAGACACACAGAGAGCCGCAGUUCUCUUGUAAUCUGUGCAGCAAGAAGUUUGCGACCAGACAGUACCUCAAUGCUCACUAUCGCACUCACGACUUGCAGCGCUCGGAGACGGCUCACUGUCGACUUGACACUGUCUCCACUCAGCUGGUGGAAAACACGUACAGUUGCAGUCAAUGUAAUCGCAGUUUCCCCAGUCAGCACACACUCUCUCAGCACGCGCAGAGGCACAACCCGUUGUCUACUCGCUACCGAUGUUCCGAGAAACGGAAGAUGGCUCCCAGGCAGAAGCAUCCCUGUGGCGUCUGCGGUAAAGAGUUCCUGCUGAAAGCAAGCCUCGCCCACCACCACAGACAGAAGCAUGCUAGCGGACUGAGUGAGAGACAGCGAAGACCUUUCAGCUGCCAGUUGUGCCAUAAGACUUUCACACUCCGUGCCAAGGCUAGGCUACACAUGCAGAUACAUACACAGGCGGCCCAGCACGGAUGCACCGUGUGUGGGCGGAUGUUCCGUCGCAAGGACUGUCUGCAGCGACACCUGAUUGUACAUGCAGGCCAGACGCUAUCACUACCCUGUGACAUGUGCGGACACAUCAGCGCCAGCCCGGCCGCGCACCGGCAGCACGCUCACUCUCACAACCACUACAAGUGUGACCGCUGCCAGAAAUCGUUCAAGAGUAAGACUGCGCUGGAUUACCACACACAGACUCACGACGGGCAGUUCAAGUACCAGUGUUCUUUCUGCGGAAAGCAGUUUGUGCGCAAAUGUCACUACCAGGGCCACCUGCUGUCGCACUCCACGGAUCGGCCGUACAAGUGCGACACUUGCGGCAAGGGUUUCAAGGACAACAAGACCUGUCGGGAGCACAGCAAGCGUGUCCAUGCUUCCCAGCUGGUCCACAACACUGCAGCGGAGCAACUGUCAGCCAAUCAGAUGGCUCCGACAGAGAUCACAGGAAAUGAUAUGACAGCGAGUCAAAUGGCCAUUCAUACACUUUUGGCUGGUGAUGAUGCUACUUAUGGACAAACCUACGAUCAGUUCCAGGCGUGUGUGCAGCUCCAGUAGUUUAGCUGCAGAUUGUAUCUAAGCUGUAUCCACUCUCCAGGAGGGUUCCCAUCUGGCUGGUUAUACCUUUCACUGGUUAUAACCUGCAUGUGUUGACUGGAGUGGCUGGGUACAGAGCUUUUUUUUAAAAAGGAGAGGCCGAUCACCUUUUAAGCCUUAUUCUGUCCGUCUUCAUGGGCCACUGGCCUGUGCGAGGAUCUUAUCAAACAGAAUAAAGGGGAGAGUCGAUACAGUACAAGAUCGAUGGUACUGAUAAAAAGUGCUUUGGUCACAGACAGGAUUCAAACAUGCGCUAUCUCUUACUCAGACUCAAAGUCCAACGUCUUAGACUGCUUGGCCAUCGGCACUCCCAAAAGCUGGAUUUUCCGUCUUCCAAGGAGAUAUGAUAGAUUAAUGCCUAAAAUUCUUCCUCAUGGAUCUCGACAGGAGGCGGCUCCUACUCCCAAUCUUACCCAUCCAGAAUAUCUUGUCACUCCAGAAGCAGCGCAAAGCUCCUUUUAGGACUACGCGCAAUUUCUAAGCUUCUUGUUUUGAGAGAGAGAUAAAAGUUCUUUAUCCGAGAUUGUUACUAAAACUUUUUCAGUUCAUACGUUCUUUUGGAGCAUACUUGUUCAAAUGAAAGGUUGUGAAAGUUGAGCAAAGUUGUGAUGUGAUUUUUCCAAAGUAUUAAGUCUUUGACCUUUCUUAUUUUUUGUUCUGAUGAAUGAACACAAAAUAACUCUCCUUUUUAAAAAUAAGUAAAAAACUUUGAUCUUUUUGUAUGGCAAAGAACCAACAAAACUUUAACUUGAAUGGUAAUUAGUCAACGUCAGUGAAUGAAAAUUCACACCAAUAAAUGUAAAAUAAAAUAAGAGAUCUGAACAUUCCAAGGCAAACAUAACAUCAACAUUAUUUUAUAUGUAUAUAUUUUUUGUUAAUACAUUGUUUACAUAUUGUACAGUUUUGUUUUGUAAAUAAACUCGUUCUACCUUU